GCGCCCCGCCGGCAGGCUGCGCCGUGCGCUCCGCCGAGCGUCGUGCGGGGGAGGGAAGCGGCGGCAAGGAGCGGCGGCGGGGCGCGGCGCCAGUGCGGUACCUGGGCCCCCCGCGCCCGCGGCGAGGCGUGCCCCGAGGCUGCCCGGAGGCAGAGGGGUCCUCGGAGCCCCGCCGGGAGCGUGGUCGGCAUGAGCCAGGUGCCGAGGAAGCUGACGGAGGAGGAGGGGGACGAGGAAGAGGAGGAAGAGGAGGAGGAGAUCGUGGGCUUGGCGGGCUACGCCGACGGGGCCGAGUCCUUCUCGGACGGGGACGCGGAGAGCGGCGGCGAUGAGGCGUUUUUGGAUUUCAAUGAUCCCUUCAGUACUGAAGUUAAGCCAAGAAUCCUGCUCAUGGGAUUAAGAAGAAGUGGGAAAUCUUCCAUUCAGAAAGUUGUCUUUCACAAAAUGUCACCAAAUGAGACUCUGUUCUUGGAGAGCACAAACAAGAUCUGCAGAGAGGAUGUUUCCAACAGCUCCUUUGUCAACUUUCAGAUAUGGGAUUUUCCUGGGCAAAUUGACUUCUUUGACCCUACAUUUGACUAUGAGAUGAUUUUCAGAGGCACUGGAGCACUGAUAUUUGUUAUUGAUUCUCAGGAUGAUUAUAUGGAAGCAUUAGCUCGGUUGCACCUUACUGUCACCAGAGCCUAUAAAGUGAAUCCAGAUAUCAACUUUGAAAUCUUUAUCCAUAAAGUGGAUGGUUUGUCUGAUGAUCACAAGAUUGAAACACAAAGAGAUAUUCACCAGAGGGCAAAUGAUGACCUUGCAGAUGCUGGAUUGGAAAAGAUUCACCUCAGCUUUUAUCUGACAAGCAUAUAUGAUCAUUCUAUAUUUGAAGCAUUUAGCAAAGUGGUACAGAAACUGAUUCCGCAGCUCCCAACACUGGAAAACCUGCUUAACAUCUUUAUUUCAAAUUCUGGGAUUGAAAAAGCAUUUUUGUUUGAUGUAGUCAGUAAGAUCUACAUUGCAACGGACAGUACUCCAGUGGAUAUGCAAACUUAUGAGCUCUGCUGUGAUAUGAUAGAUGUUGUGAUUGACAUUUCUUGUAUAUAUGGGCUUAAAGAUGAUGGCACUGGAACUCCUUAUGACAAAGAAUCAAUGGCAAUCAUAAAACUGAAUAAUACAACUGUCCUUUAUUUAAAAGAGGUGACAAAAUUCCUUGCUCUUGUUUGUUUUGUCAGAGAAGAAAGCUUUGAGAGAAAAGGAUUAAUAGACUACAAUUUCCAUUGUUUUCGAAAAGCCAUACAAGAAGUAUUUGAAGUAAGAAUGAAAGUAGUAAGAUCUCGAAAACAUCAAAGCCACCUGCAGAAAAACAAAAGACCUACUCCCAAUGGGACACCAAGAAUGCCACUGUAACAGAGGUGUUCUGGCAUCGUGGCGAGCAAGUCUCACGAAGCUGAUGUGACUUCUGCAUCUCAUUGCACUGAGCGGAGAGGAAAACAAGCGGGACUGAUGCGUUGUAAGAAUUUUCCGUGAACAUUCAGGAAGCACUGUUUAAAUAUUUUUAUCCAAUCAGUUUUGGUUUGGUUUUUGGUUUUUUUGUU